AAAUUAUUUUGAGAUAAUUCAAAAUUCUCAUAAAUGAAUAAUAAUCUAACAGCGUUUAUUUAACUACUAUAUAUUAUGGUAUCCUUCUAUGUUAUCCAUGAACUGCAACAGUAACUCCACUUGAUUCUUCAGCUAUGCUAACAUUCUCAUAUAAAAAGUUUCGUCAAAAGUACAUUCACCAUGUCUAUACAAUUGGUAAAAUUUUUGCAAAAUUCACUCAGAAGUGCCAAGUCUCUGGGUUUGGCUCGGCUGUCUUCUAAUGUGCCAGACACAGCAAAGCAACCAGAUCCAAUUAUAGCAAAUCUAAAGACGGCAACAAAAGUUGGUGAUGUGCUAGCUGCAGUCCAGACACACCUGCCUCUUAUGACUCAUCGCCACCUGGUGCAUGCACUCUCCUGUCUGUUCCAAAUACAUAAAGCUAAUAAAAACCAAGUCACACCUGAUGUUAUAGUGAAGGAUCCAGCGUUUGGUGUACUCUGCCAAAAUUUAAACAAAAGGGCCAGGGAGCUGGAGACGGGGGACACCAUCGAAUCCAUUAAAGUUCUGUCCUUCCUUGGCGUGCCGGCGGACGCGCUCAUCGUGCAGACCCUCCUGCAGAUGGUGAGAUGUAACAUCAACCAGCUGACCGCCCAGCAGAUCAUGUUUCUGGACUUCCUGCUGACCCAGCUCAAUGGCAGGAGCCACCUCGUCGACGCGCUCCAGCUGGCGCUGCCGCUCGCGUUCCAGAUUCAGCUGCCGCUGGAGCUGGACCCCCAGGACCUGCCCCUGCUGAGGGAGAUGCUGGUGUUCGCCUGCCGGCACCGCCUGCCGGACCGCAGCAUCAACAACAUCGUCACCGGCCUCCUGCUGCACGACCAGGCGAUCUCCGCGCCCAUGGCUAAGUCCAUCGCGUGGGCGCUGUGCCAGAUCAACUGCACUGCCGUGGUCUACCCCACCAGGAAACGGCUGCUCGACAUGUGUUGCGAGAUCAUGGUGCGACACGUCGACGACCUCGCCUACGAGGACGUCCUCCGCACUCUCGCCAAGUUCAAGCUGAGGAUACUGGACAAGCAUCCGGAAUAUUACCAGGAGGAGUUCUUCGACGCGGCGGCCGACUUCGUGGUUCAGAGGAAGUUGGACUUCGAUCGGAGCCUUCUCGUUGCCAGGAUUCUGUCUAGGAUCGCGCACGCCCACCUGGGCCUGGCCGCCCACCUGUGCGCGGCGGCGGCGGGCGAGCCGGGCACGCUGACGCGGGCGAGGCCGAACCUCCUCUUCGCCUUCAUCAACUACCUGUCCAACAACAACUACAUCCCCGGCUCCGAGCUGUGGAAGCCGCUGAAGACGCAGAUGAUGGCGAACCCCGUGCUCGACGCCACCACGCCCACGCUGCCCUGGACCAAGAUAUGCCUGGAGCUGGCAUCGCUGAACUGCUACGUGGACCGCGCGCUUCGGACGGUGUUCUCGGAGGAGUUCCUCGAGCGGUACCUGUCGAGGGAGGACAACGUUCUGGACUACCUUCAGCUCCUGACGCUGUACGAGGCCGUGAACACCUUCCACGACAGAAAGUACGCGCUGCCGGCGGAGACCGUCGCGCGGGCCAGGGAGCUCUAUCCCACGCAUGCUGUCACCGAGGCCCUGGCCGAGAGCCUGGCGCGCGGCCUUCCCCACCCCGACUGCGUCAUCACCAACGUGAUGCUCAGCAAUGGAAUACUCGCUAAUAUGAUAGUGUGUGUUCACAAAGGCUCCUUCCUGCAGUUUCCGUCGGGCCGGAGAACCGACAAAGUUCCUAUCGAGCAAUUGAAUAUCCCCAAAGAUGCAACUGUGGUGUGCAUAAUGAACUUCAACCAGGGCUGCUACUCCGUGAACAGCAGCAGGAUGCGGGGCGCGUUCCGUCUCGUGCUGGACGUGCUGGAGCGCCAGGGCUACGCCCCCAUAGGGAUCAACGGCGGCGAGUGGGCGCGCGCCCCCGCCCACGAGCGCACGCCCUAUCUCGUGAGGGAGCUCGAGUUCCGGCUGGCGGAAGUCGGCAUCAAGAUGGCGGCGACCUGAUCCUUAAGAAACUUGUGCAUUGACUGUAGAUACGAAUCUAGUUGUAAGGGGAGCGCCCUGGGAGAGAUUAAUAAAAUGAAAAGUAUUAUCGGACUU